AUAACCCCUUCCAAGGCCCCAGACAACUCACCAGCCAUUACCUAGCCUUACGUCUUACUUUGAACAAAUAAAAUCAAGAAUGGAUUACUCCCUCCAAAACCACGAAUCCUUCAUCGGCCGUCCGGCCACUGACCUCCCCACCCCAUCUCUCAUCCUCAGUAAACCGACCCUCGAGAAAAACAUCAAACAGCUGCUCCAAGAUGUGAAAGAUCUGGGUAUAUCGUUCAGACCGCAUGUCAAAACCCUCAAAUCCCUCGACCUCACCCGCCUCAUGCUCGCCAACGGCACCCACCGCCGCAUCGUAGCCUCCACGCUCAGCGAACUCCGCGGGGUUCUGCCCCUCGCGGAGGAGGGAAUUCUCGAUGAGGCCCUCUACGGCCUCCCAAUCUACCCCUCCGCCCUCCCGCACCUCCAAACCCUCCGCAGUACCGGCUCCAGACCCCCCCGAAUCCUCCUCAUGAUCGAUUCCCCGCAACACAUCGACAUCCUCGAAUCAUAUGCCGCUACCACCAACCCCACCCCGGCGCCAUGGCCCAUCUUCAUCAAAAUCGACGUGGGCUCGCACCGCGCCGGGGUGGAACCUACCUCGACGGACUUACCCACCCUCGUGAGACGCGUGGAGGAGUCGAAUGUGGUGCAGUUGUAUGGGUUUUAUUGCCAUGCCGGACAUUCGUAUGCGUGUCGGAAGGAGGAGGAGGUCAAGAGAGUGUUGGGGGAGGAGGUGAGGGGGGUGUUGGAGGCGGUGAAGUUUAUUUCUGGUUCUGAUAAGGGGGGGAAGAGGAAGGUGGUGGUUAGUGUGGGGAGUACGCCUACGGCGCAUGUGGUUCGGGAGGUUAGGGGGUUUUUGUCUGAUGGGGUUGGGGGGGUUGAAGUGGAGGUGGAGGUUCAUGCUGGAAACUACCCCACCAACGACCUCCAACAAGUCUGCACCGGACUCGUCACCACAAACCAACAAGCCCUCCGCAUCCUCGCCGAAGUAUGCAGUGUAUAUCCCUCCCGAAACGAGGCAUUGAUCAACGCCGGAACGGUAGCACUCUCCAAAGAAACGAGCGAGGUACCGGGCUUCGGACGCGUCGUGGAUCGGCCGGACUGGUGUGUCGUGCGGAUGGCGCAGGAGCAUGGGAUUCUUGGACGUGCGGGGAAGGAGAAUGGGAAUGGGGAGAAGGUGGAGGGAGUGUUUCGGGUCGGGCAAAAGGUCCUGUUGCAUUGUCAGCAUGCGUGCAUUACGGCGGCGCAGCAUUUCGUGUAUUAUGUGGUGGAUGAGGAGGAUGUGGUGAGGGAGACGUGGGUGCCGUGGAAGGGGUGGUGAUGGUGCAUUGCUAGUAUGGAUUCAUGCUAUAGGGCUCAUGGGAUACUGCUA